AAAAUUGGAACGAUACAGAGAAGAUUAGCAUGGCCCCUGCACAAGGAUGACACGCUUUCCCGGAGUGGUAGACCUACGGGUCUCAAUAUUUAUUAUUUCUUUUUCCAAAGGUUUGUGGGUUGCUCGUCCCUUGCGCAGACCUUGUGUGAAGGUUGGCUUGGCUGCCAGCAGUACCCAGGAAGGUCAGCAUCAAGGUUAUAUUUGAUUCAUUGUCUACGCAACAUUUCCGGAAAUCCUUCUGUUAACCAUAACCCUAUGUAG